AUGGAAUAUUUGGAAAGUUGGCUUGACAAAAAUCAGAAAUUAAGUCCUCGGGCUGAUAAAAGUGGCGACCGCCUCCAAUAUGUUGGUGAUAAUAGCGAGACUAGCGAUAAAGAAAAUACUUGUCCGGAAUGCUCCCGCGCCAGUCCUCACCACUCCCCCCAAUGCUCUCAUAAUCAAAACAAUCCUCUUCCCACUAGACAAUCCAAACCAGGACAAAAUACAGAUAUUACUAAUGACCCCCAAAAAGCGGCCGAGUUUGACCAGUUAAUGAAACAGUUGGAAGCCAGUCAAGACCUCACGACCCUCGAAACCACUUAUCAAAAUAUAAAAGAUAAUCCUCUUUAUAAUAAUAAUAAAAAAUCACUAGACAAUUUGUAUGAGUUAAAAAAACUCUUUUUGCAGUCUUCUAGUAAUAAUCAACGCUCGUCAACUAAUGACCCUGGCUUUAAUAAGGGUGGACUAGGCAGCAGAGAAUAUUUUCUGAUUAUGUUAGUGGCAGUGGGAAUUAUUCUCGUGGCAAUGAUUGGUUAUUUGGCAUUAUCCGGAGGAGAAGAAAACCGAACUUUG